ACUAAUCAUAAAUAAUAAUCUAUUUAUAUGCAUAUAUUUUUCUUUCAGGUAUAUUUUGCACGAUUUCUUCACCAUGUGCUUGUUUAUUUUAAAUACCUACCCCGGGAUUCAACGAAUAAAGUUGAAAAAUAGAGUUGCUGCUCAGAGCUCUCGUGAUCGCAAAAAGGCAAGAAUGGAUGAGCUUGAAAUUGAAGUCAAAGAACUGAAUCAAAAGUACGAGGAGCUCCUGGCGAGGAACGAGGAGCUGGAAGCGCAGAACAGGCGGCUGCAGGAGGGGGCGAGGCCCCGCCCGCGGACCCGAGAUGUCGGCUGCGGUCCCUCGAGCGGACCUGCAGCGUCCCCUGCUGACCCCCUGCCGAGGGGCCAGGGGCCGCAGCCGGCAGCGGGCCCGAGGGCGGUGGCGCUCCUGCUGACCUGCUGGCUGGCUUCCCGGACCUGCUCGCGGACUUGGACGAUGACUACCUCGACCAGCUGGCCCGGAGCCUGCUCCGCGACGCAGACGUCACGAUGGAUGCCAGCAGCGAAGCAGCAGUUUCGCAGCCGGUGGUGGGGCCGACACCAGAAGUGCUGGAACCCUGUCGGGAUGGCGAUGGCGUAGAAAUGAUCGAGGAGGCCCUGGUCCCGGAGGUGUCCCACACCGUGGAAGUUGAAGAUGAGAGUGUCGCCAUGGAAGACGUGGUGCUGGGAGAGGAGUGCAGUCACAGCGUACCCCACAUCACGGUCACGCCGUGCAGGCAGACUUGCGACGGUGCGAGCGAGAUGUUGCUGUCACAGCCCUCCUCGCCGCUCCUGUAUUCCCCGUCGACCUGCGGGAAGAAGAGCGAGUUGGACAGCGGGUACGAAUCCUUGGACUCUCCGCACAGGGACAGUGAGGAGAUGCUGGAUUUCUGGAGCGAGAGCUUUGUGGAACUGUUUCCUUCUUUAGUGUAACCAUCCGCUGCUCAUUUUGUACUGAACAAGUUGUACAUACAUGAGGGAAAGUCAUUAAGUAAGCCACAAAAGAUAGCUAAGAAAUAUGUUACGGUGAUAUUUAUUUCUCAACAUUAUAAUUACCAGUAUUUAUGGACACAACCCUUCGUUUCAUCGCUGCACCAAUACCAGCUGCAUGAAAGUAUUUGGGGUGCUGUCUCAGCCAUAUAACGACAUACUGCUAUUCUAUCAUAGUCAUGGAGCACCAUUACCAUGUUGAAACUGAAUGACGCAUCUUUUCGAAUGCUACUUAGUAUGAAAUGAAUAUUGUAAAGUUGGGUGAUGCUGCUAUUAAUAUACUUGAUAAGUACUUGAUACUACUUUUAAGAUAAAUCAUAUCAAUUUGUGACUGACUUUAUGUCUUUACCUGCUCCUGUUUGAAACACAUCACCUGUAUACUUAUUUUUUUUUUUACGGAAUAUGUUAAAUCAGCAAGAAAGAAGUUUGUUUUUGAGGAUCGACCUAAGCCUCUAAAAAAAACUAUUUUUGCUAUGCCGCUGUUCACAUUUAUGUUCUGUGGUGUGUUCGCAAGAUCUUGCACAAAUCGUCAAUCAAACUCAAUAGGUAACUUCGUAAUUUAGUGUUUGUGCUGUGUCAAGAAGGAAAGGAAUGUUCAAGGACAAGUAAGUUUUUGUAUAUAAAAUCAUAUUUAUAUAUUGUUAUAUGUUAUGCAUAGAAGUAUUUAAAACUACAUUGUUUUAAGGUAUCACAUGUAACACUCAAAUUAUUUAAUGUUUCCUAGGUGGGACAUUUUGUAUGACCAGGGUUUGCUAUGUGUAAUAAAACACAUUCAAACUGAAA